GCAACAACUCGUUACCGCGACCAGUCCGAGCACAAACCGAUCCGUGUUCGUUUCGCAGGCAUCUUCUUUCCCGAUUAAAGCAGCCAGGCAGGGCAGGCGAGAUGGCGCCGAGCGCGUCGAUGCUGUUCCUGAGCUACCACCAGCUCCACCAGCCGGCGGAGGCGCCGCCGCCGCGCAAGGAGGAGGUCACCUCGGGUGGCGCCUUUCGUCGACUCAGCUUGAGCAGCGCGCUGUCGCUCCCAAUGUUCGAGCGGCGGCGGGAGGCGGCGCCGGCGGUGCGGGAGGAGGGGAAGACGGUGCGCGAGCACGACGCCGGCGAGGGCGUCAAGUCGUUGGCGGCGGCUAACAAGGAGCUGGAAGAAAAAUUCGACGAGGCACUGCGCCUCAGCUGCUGGUCUUCCUGAACGAUCGAAGCAGAGACGCAGGCGUGCCGUUCCCCGAUCGAUCGAGGCGAAGGAUUUGCUUCUUACUCUUGUGUUCUCGGACACCGCUAGUAGUAUGUAGAUAACUUAAGAUGACAGCUAACUACUGCUCCUGCUCUCUUUUGAUCUGUGCAUAUUCUUCCUUCCGGGGAAAAAAAAUCUUUGUAAGUAGCCUCCUGCCGUUGUCGUUCUCGGAGUAAUCUCGUAAUGAACACUUGCUAUGUGCUAGAGUAAUUUUCUUGA